AUGACAGAAGUUGAGGGCAGAAGUCCAAGGGGGAAGAAGAAAGGAAAGGAUCCCGCGUCAGGAGGACAUUGCGAGUUGGGUGGAGAGAAGAGAGCCCCUGCGCGGAGUCAGACUAACACCUCGCACUUGGCUGGGAGCAGGGUGGAGGGAGAUUGCCUUCAGUGGACUCUACGUCCGGCUCCUGUCCCUGGACACGUCUUACAACAGCUGGAUCGCGGGGGAAACCUCAUCUGGGACCCCAGCCCACGCAGGCAACUGCCUCGACUUAGCGCCCUUUCCCAGCCGCAGACUCCGAGGCCUGGGAAGAGCCCGCCGCCCACCUGCUACCUGGAGAGAAGGUUGGGGCUGGAGCAGCUUUCCCCAGCGCCCUCGGCCCGGGAGCUUCCGGUGGCAAAGGCAGGCGCCGCCUCGGGAGACGCACGCACUCGGACGCCCUCGCUUACGCCGGAAGCCUCAGUCUCCCUGUCUGCCAAGUGGGCGUUCAGCUGCCAGAGGCCUCCGCGUUCCCUCCCAGCUUGGAAAGUGCUGGGGGGCGGGGGGAAGCGGGGGAGGACCGGAGGCAAGGCCGACCCAAAUCCAGCGCCGCCAGCUCCGGAACCAGAGCCAGGUUGGGCCCCCUCCAGAGCCAGACUCAGGCCGCAAAGGUUUUUCGGAGGCGAGUGUGAGCUGGGCCGUAGAAAGUCGGAGUGGACCCGACCCCUCCGGGCGCUGGGCCACGCGGACACCGGCAAAAGGCCUGCUGCUCCCCUGGGUGCCAGCUGCCUGCGGGGCUCGGCGGAUUACCGCCUGAGUCUUCUCGCGGGAUCCAGGGCCGCGCCAACCCCCGCGGGGCCCAGAUCCCUGGCUUGGCUUCCCGAGAACGCCCGUGUCCCGCUGGCUCCGCCGAGUUCUGACUCGCGCGGGUCCCGCGGGGCCAAGCCCAAGUUCAACACUGAUCUCCAGCUCUGCGCCGGUGCUCAGAGUGCCGCGGCCUGCCCCUUCCUUUUACUGGGAGGGAUGUGCCCUCUCCUCUCUUCUUUCCCGGUUGGACGCGAGACAGAGUCCUCUGCGUGUCUCUGGGACCAGGCUGGGAAUUGCCUUCCUCUCCUAGUGUGUCUUCAGCGCCCCCUGCAGUGCGUCUCCUGUACGGCAGCGCAGGACGCAUUUCCAAAUGGAGCUGUAUCCCCUGCCUUACCUUUCUUCCACCAGGCCCUCUUGGCCUUGCCUCUGGCUCUGUUUGCCUGGGGCCUCAGAGUUAGGCUUCUUAGAGAAAACAACGAAAAUGUAAAGCUUACUGAAUUAUAAUAUAAACAUCCACAUAACCAUCACCCAGGCCAAGAAAUAGUACUUUCCCAGGCACCCCUUACUACCCUUCUGAGUCCCAUUCCAGUCCCCACUGCCCCCUCCUCCCAAAAAUGCUCAUGGUCUUCGAUUUUGCAAUAAUUAUUUCCUUGGGUUCUUUAUGGUUUUUAUUACCCAGGUGUGACUCUCUAGACAUUAAAGAUUAGUCUUGCUCUUUUAAUCCAUAGGUUCCUUUUCUCUUUUUCUUAUAACGCAUCCAUGGACGAAGUUGAGUCAUUUCUCUGUAAAGAUUUUCAAGUCUGGAUUUCUCUGAUUGCAUUUUCAUGGUGCAGUACAAUACACCCCUCUGUUCUCUGUAUUUCCUGCAAGUUGAAAACUGGAUCUGGAGGUUCUAUCAGACCUUAGGUUCAAAGUUUUCAGUUAGACUCUAGGUUGUGGGGUGCUCUUUUAUAAGGAGAUAUGUAAUGCAAAGUUCAAUUUUUUUUUGAGAUUGUGUUAAUGAACUUUCAUUACUGUGACAAUAUACCUCAGAUAGACAACUUAAAAAUAGAUUUAUUUUGGCUCAUGGUUUCAGUCUUCUGUCAGUUGGCCCAUUGUUUUUGGGUCUGUGGCUAGGUAGUAUAUGAUGGUAGGAGUACAUAUUGGAGGAAACUACUUACCUAAUGGCUGUCAGGAAGCAAAAAGAGGAAGGGGCAGGAUUUCAUUAUCCCUUUUAAGGGCAUACUCCCAGUGACCUAACUUCCUUGCACUAGCUUCACCUCUUAAAGGUUCCACCACCUUCCAGUAGUGCCACAGGCUGGUGACCAAGCCUCCAACACAUGGGCCUUUGGGGGUCACUUAUCUAUUACAGCAGAGAUGUUUAAUGCUAACAUUUGCUAAUUCUUUGGGGGAUGGAAAUGGUAAUGUUCUAAUUAUACCAUUUCUUUUUUAUUUAUCAGAUGGAUAAAUUUUGUAGAGACACUUCUCAUGUAUGUGGUCACUUAGUGGAACAGUUCAUAGAGGAAAGGCAGGAUAAAUGCUUGUUUCUUUGCAUUUAUUUAUCCAUUUUCAAGAUAAUGAAUUGCUAUCUGUUAUCUUUCUAAGUUGAUGAGCUAGUUGGGUGUAGUGGUGCACGCCUAUAGUCCCAGUGACUUGGGAGGCUAAGGCAGGAGGAUUGUAAGUUGAAAGACAGCCUAAGUAAUUUAGAAAGGCCCUGAGCAACUCAACAAGACACUGUCUCUUAAUAAAAUACAAAAAUACAAAAAAGGGCUGGAGAUGUAGCUCAAUGUUUAAGUAUCCCUGGGUUCAAUCCCCAGUACCAGAAAAAAAAAGUUGAUGAAGGAUUUAAAUAUAUAUGUUAUAUAUUUAAUAUAUAAUAACAUUUUAGUUAUUAUCAUUAUUGAUGCUCCAACUCUCCCAUUUUUGUCUAGUUGGAGUCUCUUCAGGAUAACUCUUGUCCUUUUGAUGUGACCCCAGUUGUCUUUGAAUGCUGCCUUGCUACCUGUUAUGACAAGAUGUUUCCAGUUCAUCUUGUAUAUUUAUUGCUCCACAUUUAGAUCAACUAAUUCUCCAGGAAGACUUGGUUGUGACGUGUGGAGGCAGGAAUUAGGGAUGGACACACACACACAUGGGUUGGUCCCUGGUGGGUUGUAGCCCUAGGAAGCUUUAUUGUCUAGGCUCUGGAUGAGGAAGAAAAUUUUCCUUCUUUGAGGAAAAAUAAACCCUAGGCCUGUGAUGCAAGGUUGAGGACAAUAAUUUUUUUUUUUUUUUUUUUUUGUAAAACAUCCAAGAGCUUCGUACAAGUUUUGUCUGAUGUUGGUUCUGCAGUCACCUCACAGAAGCUAACAUAAAACCACUGCAGAGAUCCACUGCCAUUACCCAGAUGUUUCAGAGUCCCACAGAGAAAGCCCCAUGGCAGGAAGCUGGCAGGCUUAUACAGAGUGCUUGAAGUCUUCUAGGCUUGCAAGGAAUAAGAUCACCUUUCCCUCCCCUCCUCAAGAUUUUCUAAGACCAAAUAGGCAAGAAACAGAAAUACAAACUCGGUCUUCAAUUAGAUUAGGCAUCAGCUAACAUUCUGAUCUACAAAAGUAGGUGGGAAGACUGCUAAAGGAAGCGAGGAUUCAAUUCAAAAGAGAAAAUGGAGACAAACUUGCAAGGAACUAUAAAGCUGGCAGAGCACACAGCGUCAAUGCAAAGGGCACACUCUUGAGUGUAAAAUCAAAUUCUCUUGCAAAAGUAGGAAUCCAGACUGGACAGGAGCUUCCCUGGAGUUGGUGUGGUUCCAAAAAGGAGAGAAGUUGAAGUCCAAUAAAGAAGUACACAGAAAGAUGUCAUAUUUACAGGGAGCAGAACUGCUCUGUAGAGAAAAGAAGAAAGACUUUUGCUUCCAGGAGCCCUACAGCACUUCCCAGCUCCUCUUCACUGGCUCCGGGGAGGUAAAGACUAAAAUAACUCGAGAAAACUCUGGGUCUUAAAGUAAUUUUGCCAGCUUGAAACAUUCCCUACAUAAGGUCCUGCAAAAAAACUGGUUCAACAAACAUAACCCCUUCCCAAAGAAAACUGUAAAUCAAUCUCCCUAUCCAAACAACACAAACAUUCUAAAUAAAAUGUUAGGGAUUUUAGCCACUGAAAAUACAGCAAUGAAAAAAACCCUUAAUAGUUCUUAAUUAUGUCAGAUGGUGAUAACUUUUAUGGAGAAAAAUAAAACAGAGAAAGGAUGGUA